UAACCUCAAAAUAUGAGUUUUUGGCUCACGAAGAUCAAGCUAGUAUAAAAGCUAGUGUUCAGUGAAUUUUUACUGUUGAAUGAAUUAAAUCAGCGUUGGUAUAUGUCGGUGUUGGUUUUGUGUGAUAACUCUGUCAUUGUAGUGCGUUUUUCGUGUGAACCGGUCCUCAGAAUGCGUGAUCCGAUAACAUUAUUCGGCAAUUUAUGAUAGUGUGUGGUGACAGUGUUUAAUGACCAGGGGAGUGUUAAAGAAAUGAGUCACAUGGGUACAGACGACAGUAUGUCUGACGACGUAUUUGAAGAUGAGCUUCGUGCGCCGGCGCAGCGGACCACGCCCUCACCCACUGGCUACCGGGACUACCGGCCUAUGGAGUCACCUGCCCGUACUCUGAUCGACGAUGAUAUUCCUAUACAUAAGACAAUAUUGUUGGGAGACAGUGGAGUGGGCAAGACAUCGUUAUUAGUACAAUUCGAGACCGGCAAGUUUCAACCUGGGAAUUUCUCCGCUACCGUGGGUAUUGGAUUUACGAAUAAGGUAGUUACUGUAGAUGGUAUAAAAGUGAAGCUUCAGAUAUGGGACACUGCAGGACAAGAGCGCUUCCGUAGCGUCACUCAUGCUUACUACAGAGAUGCUCAUGCAUUGCUCCUUCUAUAUGACGUGACGAAUAAAACGAGCUUCGACAACAUACGAGCGUGGCUCGGCGAGAUCCGGGAAUACGCCCAGGAUGACGUAGUCAUUAUGCUCCUUGGAAACAAGUCGGACAGCGGCUUAGAGCGGGCGGUGAGGCGGGAGGAAGGGCAACGCUUAGCUAGAGAGUACCAAGUCGCGUUCAUGGAGACAUCUGCGAAAACCGGCCUGAAUGUGGAGGCGGCAUUUGCCCACGUUGCACGCGCUCUCGUCGCGAAAGCGAACCCCGCCGAUCCUGCCCGGCUUGCGGUGCGCGCGCAGCCGUCACAAGAACAACGCUCUUCCUGCCCGCCAUGUUCGUAAACGCGCCAUUUUCAAAAUUCGAACUUGGAUCCGUGGACCAAUAGAGUGGACGGUCUUUGUGUGUUUUUGUGAAAAUUGUAUAAAGCUACCUAGGCACUUCGUACACUUUGCGAAAACACAUUUUAAAAUAAAAUUAAUACCCAUAAUUAAUUAAUAUCCCUGUGAUUUGAAACUCACCCGUUUCCUUUAUACAACAUAUUAUAGCUACUUAUACUUUUUUUCCUUUUCGAUAAUUCAUGAUGCAAAUGUACGGUAAAUUAUGAGAUCCUAAUCCGGAGACACAUUUGUAAACUUAUUAUAUAGUUUAUAUACUAUCCUCUCAUGUUUACUGUGGGUAUAAUACUGCAGGUCCUAUUCAAAAUCAUUACUUUUAAAUGCAAUGUACACAUAUGUGUGCAGAGUUCUCGUGUAUUCAUAAUCACAAUGAGUGUGGGUCUCUUCAGUAAUUAUUGAGAGAGGAUUUUAUGAAUGAAUAUUAAGGUACUAAUAGGAACAUAAUAUAAUUGUAUCAUGUUUAGAUAAUGAUAAAAUUAUUUAAUAACACAUUGUCAUACAUUUACAAAUAACAGAACUAUAAUGCGAAUAAAAAUUCAAAUUUCCACUUUGCAUAAUAUCACAGAUAAUAUAAUGCUAUAGAUUAUACUUUUAUAUUAAGGUUAAUAUAUGACUUAUAUACUAUCAUACUAUACCAACAAUUUACGGGAUCACACACCAACCACGCUUUUGGGAGCACUCAUUUAUAAAGUGCUUACAGAAAGUCGAUUGGGUAAAUAAAUGUUUAAGUUGGAGUUAGACACUUAAAUAAUAAAUAUCACAUACGACAUAGUUCAGGAGUAUUAAUAAUUUGAUUAAAAUUCUAAAAAAGUACAUUCAUUGGUGAAAUUGUUAUACAUUUUUAAAGCAAUUUAAAGAUGUUCACUGUUUAGGGGUUUAAUAAUUAGAUAAAUUGAUAUUAACAUAUCAAGAAAAAAAAACAUAAACCUCUAUUACAGAUUGCAAAUACCUAUUUCAAAUAUAUACUAAAUGUUUUAUUAUAUAGAUCGCA